GUUCAACCAUAAUGAUAAACUAGAUGACCGAAAGGUACAUUUACGUAAGUUUUCCAAAAAAUAACCGGGAGCCCAAUUAUAGUUUGAGUGACCCGACCCAAAGAGCCUUCUUCCCACUAUCAGCCCAACAGGUCAAGGUUUUUUCCCCAAAACACAGUAAAAACCCCCCCCAAAAAAGUAGAAUUCCACCAGUAAACUACGACUUCGCCAUUCCCUCGAACCAAAAACCUCGAGUUUCACCAUUUCUCCAUUGUAGCUCUAGGGUUUUGCAGAAUCCAAGGAAAACAAAUGGCAUCAUCUUCUAGGGUUUUCGGAAACUAUUGCCGAACUCUAAUGGCUGCUGCUAAGACCUCCGCCGCAAAGACACCUCCGUCCACCGCAACCGCAACCGCAACCGCAACGGAGACUGGAAAAGGUCGUUAUAAAGGCAUACUGAAGCCGCUACCGAUUUCACCUGCUUUACAAAAAUUUGUCGGUACUUCUGAAAUCUCACGUACUGGUGCUGUUAAGAAAAUCUGGGAUUACAUCAAAACCAAUAAUCUUCAGAACCCUGCAAACAAGAAGGAGAUAAAUUGUGAUGACAAGUUGAAGACGAUAUUUGCUGGCAAGGACAAGGUUGGGUUUCUAGAGAUUGCAAAGCUGAUAUCCAGUCAUUUUCAAAAGGCUUCUUAAGUUUCCAAUUUGCAGUUCCUCUAAACAUUAGCGGUUUUUCUUGGUACUGAACAUUGUAGUUCGUAACUUCUCCAUUUUGUGUGGGUACCGGACACCGGGUGGGAAACCAAAAAAAAAAAUCUUACUCCAUUUUGUAUCCCUCCACUCUGGUUGUUAGUUGUGGUGCAUAGAUCUGGAAUUGGAAGCUUGCUCUGUUUUAUGCCUGCUAUGGUCUACCAUCCCCAGUCGCAUUUCCUGUUUCUCACUCUUUGAAAGUUGAAUCAAGAUGCACUGUUACCAUUGCCAAAAAACAAAGUUGAAGCAGGAUUCAAUUGUCCUAAGAAUUAUUAAGUUUCUUACAAUUUGUGCCUUGCUGUAUUUUCGACUGAGACGGAUUUAAUCAAGUGACAUGAACAGUUCAUAUAGCUGAUUUCUAA